AUGGCAACAUUAGUGGAAACAGAUGAUAGUACAUUAUCAUAUGAAAAACUUAAAGACUUAUGUAAAGAAAAUGUUAUUUAUUUUACUAAUAACGAAAGAAAUGGUUCAACUGCCAUGGCCAAUUCUUUUGAACAAUUAUCUCAAAAUAUUGAUAAUAUAAAACCUUUGGUUUCUGAAUUGCGUAAUGUCUGUCAUUUAUAUGAUUUUGAUCCAUCUGUACCCGGUAAUGGAUAUCGAAGCUAUGUCACAGUUGUUGAUUUAUUUAUUGCCCAUUGCAUUAAAAUUUGUAAUCAAAUGGCCGUCAAUCGUGAUUCAUUUUUUUUUCGUAAAACAUUUUAUACAAAAGAGAUUGAAUCAUGUAACCAAGUGAUGAGUGCAUUGGUAUUGUGCUUAGAAAACUUAUGUCUUUUAAUUGGUUGGAGUGAACCAGGCAUGUUGUUUGCUGGAAAUGAUACUGCAGCAUUGGAACUCAUGAUGAAAAUUGAACCAUCUAAACUAUGCCCUUUUUAUGGGCGCUGUUUGGCUUUUCAAUUUAAUGAGUCACUACAGCCUGCUUUGAAAACUAUUGCUAUAAUGAUGGCUGCUUUUAGUGAAGUCUACUAUAAUGAAAAUGGCAUGUUGGCUAGGGCUAAUACUGCAUGGAAUUGUAGCAAAUAUAUGUUAAAUCCAGAAUUGAGAGCUCGUAGAAUUGUUAAUGUCAUUCAGUAUUCUUCAAUAGAAUUUUACAAAGCAUUUUUAUUCCUUGGUGAAACUGAACUGUUAAAAAGUUUACCAAACCUAGUUUCUCCUGCUGUAGCUAUAAAUCGGUUAAUAGCAAUUCCUAGCAAACCAUUUUUAUACUUGAAACCAGAUGGAGAAUUAUUUGAACUCCAGCCUCCUGUGUGCCAUAUUGGACCUGCUGCCCUAAAUGCUCGACUAAUUGCAAAAACUAAACGUGAAGGCAUGUUGGCAGAAAAUCCCGGCAGUGGGAUGCUACCAGAACCAUGUGAAAAUCUUAUCAUACACUGCCAUGGAGGUGGUUUUGUAUCUCAAAGUUCAAGUUCUCAUGAAUCAUAUUUAAGAGAUUGGGCUGUUCGUUUAGACAUUCCCAUAUUGUCUAUUGAUUAUUCUCUAGCACCGAGAGCACCGUAUCCUAGAGCUAUGGAAGAACUAUUAUUUGCUUACAUUUGGGCAUUAAGUAAUGCAGCUUAUUUGGGUUCCACUGCUAAACGUGUUAUAAUGGCAGGUGACUCGGCUGGAGGAAAUUUAAGUGCUUGUGUAGCAUUAAAAUGUAUAGAAAUGGGUUUCAGAAUACCUGACAGCUUAUUUUUGGCAUAUUUCCCUUGUGCAAUAGCUUGGUCUCCAACACCUGCAAGAUUUCUGAGCUUAAUAGAUCCACUAAUACCUCUAGGUUUUAUGACUAAUUGUUUGAAAGCCUAUGCUUGUUCUCCUGACAUCUAUCAAGAUAGUUUGUAUGAGUAUAAAUUGAAAAAUAUUGCAAAACCAAAGGAUGGCACUAAUGAAGGCUUUAUAGAAGAAGUUGAAUCUAGUGAAGAAGCUCUAGAGUUAAUACAAAACACCAACGAUGAUAGUCAAUCAGUAAUAACUCCAGUUGAAGAGGUUAUUAUGGCUGCACAUGAACGAAGACAAUCCAGACGAUUCUCAACAAUAUUGACAGAAACUGCAGAAAAUAUAAGUUCUGCUAUUACCACCACAUUCAUUACACUAACUGGAGGAACAGCUGAAGAAGAUAUUAGUGAUAGUGAAGAUGCAUUAAAUGAAGUAGUAGAAGAAACACCAUUACCAAUAGAUUUACCAAAGUUACCAGAAGAUCCAUUUUUAUCACCCUAUUUUGCAAAUGAUGAUCUUUUUAAAGAGCUGCCACCUAUUCAUAUUGUGACAGUACACAUGGAUCCAUGCUUAGAUGAUUGCGUUAUGUUUGCUAAACGGUUAAAAGAACUUGGGAAAAAAGUGAAUAUGGAUAUUCUAAAAGGAUUACCUCAUGGUUUUUUAAAUUUGGCUAUUACCUGCAAAGAAGCUCACGAUGGAUCAGUAUUGUGUGCUCAACGUAUCGCAGAUUUAUUUAAAGAAAUUGAAAUAUGUGAAUGUUAG